UCGAUUCUGCAUCGCGUUUGACGGAAAGCUAAAGCAACCUAUCAGUUGUGAAUUGCACGUGAAGUAACAAUAAUUUUUGAUUAUAAAAAUAAUAAAAAUGGCUUUACACGUACCGAAAGCGCCGGGUAUGGCUCAAAUGCUUAAAGAAGGAGCUCGUUAUUUCUCAGGUUUAGAAGAAGCUGUAUACAGAAAUAUAACAGCGUGCAAACAGUUUGUGCAAACUGUGAGAACUGCGUAUGGUCCAAAUGGCAUGAACAAAAUGAUUAUCAAUCAUAUUGAGAAAUUAUUUGUUACUAGUGAUGCUGCAACAAUUAUUAAUGAACUAGAAGUUGAACACCCAGCAGCUAAUUUAAUAGUUUUAGCAUCAAAAAUGCAAGAAGCAGAAGUUGGUGAUGGUACAAAUUUUGUUAUAAUUUUUGCUGGAGCACUUUUGGAAGCUGCAGAAGAACUACUCCAUCUGGGAAUUACCACAUCUGAAAUAGUUGAAGGAUAUGAAGCUUCUUUAGAAAAGGCUCUAGAAAUAUUACCAACAUUAAUUUGUUAUACAGUAAAUGAUUACCAAGAUGAAAAACAGAUUAAAGUUGGAAUUAAAACAGCCAUUAUGAGUAAACAAUUUGGAAAUGAAGAAAUUCUUACUUCUCUUGUUUCACGAGCAUGUGUAUCUAUUUUGCCUGAAAAGACAACUUUCAAUGUAGAUAAUGUCAGAGUGUGCAAAAUACUUGGAAGUGGUGUAUCUAGUUCUGAGGUUGUACAAGGAAUGGUAUUUAAACGGCAAGUUGAAGGAGAUGUUAUGAAGCAAGACAAUGCUAAAAUUGCAGUCUAUACUUGUGCUGUGGACAUCAUGCAAACUGAAACUAAAGGGACAGUAUUAAUAAAAACAGCAGAUGAACUAAUGAAUUUUUCUAGAGGAGAGGAAUCUUUAUUAGAGACUCAAAUAAAAGCAAUUGCUGACAGUGGAGCUACUGUUAUUGUUUCAGGAGGAAAAUUUGGUGAUAUGGCUUUACAUUACAUGAACAAAUAUAAUUUAAUGGCUGUUCGCAUUCCUAGCAAGUUUGAUAUUAGAAGAUUGUGUAAAACUGUUGGUGCUACUGCUCUUCCAAGAUUGAUUCCUCCAUCAAAAGAAGAAUUGGGAUAUGCAGAUUCAGUAUAUAUUGAUGAAGUAGGAGAUACAAUAGUAGUAAAAUUUGCAUUACAUGGCAAAGAUAGCCGUGUCAGUACUAUAAUUAUUCGAGGAUCCACCGAAAAUUACAUGGAUGAUAUCGAACGAGCUAUUGAUGAUGGAGUUAAUACAUUUAAAGGAAUAACAAAAGAUGGAAGACUUAUUCCCGGAGCUGGUGCUACUGAAAUUGAAAUAGCUGCACAACUUGCUUCAUAUGCAGAUACAUUACCAGGUUUAGAGCAAUAUGCAGUACGUAGGUUUGCAACCGCUUUGGAAGUGUUUCCAAAAACCUUGGCAGAAAAUAGUGGAAGUCAUGCCCCUGAACUUUUAUCAAAGCUUUAUGCUGCGCAUAAAGAAGGCAAAAAGAAUUACGGCUUCGUUAUUGAUGACAAUGGAGCAGCUAUUAACGACACAGUUGAAGCUGGAAUUUUAGAUUUGUUUUUAACAAAACAGUGGUGCCUAAAGUAUGCUGUUGGUGUUGCAUGUACUGUACUUAAAGUUGAUCAGAUUAUUAUGGCAAAACGCGCAGGAGGACCAAAAGUACCAAGCGGUGGUGUCCGUGACGAUGACGAGUGAUAACAUUAAUAAUUGCUUAAUUACUCAUUAAUUCUUGCGUUUAAUUUAUAACAUUAAAUCAUAAUGGUUUUCAACACACUUAAUUCCAUGUUAAAUAAAAAAAAGUAUUUA